AUGGAAAACAUUGUAAUUAUAGGAAGUGGGCCUGCAGCAUACAAUGCAGCGCUGUAUGCAAUGGACAAAGAGCCUCUGCUUUUUGAGGGAGGAUACAUAGGAAACAACGGGCCUGGAGGACAACUGACGACGACAACAUCUGUUGACAACUAUCCGGGGUUUCCGGACGGGGUUGAAGGCCCGGUGCUUACCGACCUGAUGAAGGACCAUGCUGUUUCGCGGGGGCUUCGUGUGGUCAAGGAGACUGUCUCCGACCUGAGGAAGGAGGGCGAGUGUUUUGUGGUUGUUAGCGAGAAGGGAGAGCGCAGGGCAAGAGCCGUCAUUGUUGCCACUGGGGCGUCGGCAAGGCGUCUUUUUGUUCCUGGAACGGGAGACGGGGAGUUCUGGCAGAGAGGAGUGAGCUCGUGUGCUGUGUGCGACGGGUUUGCCUAUACCAACAAGAUCACCUGUGUUAUUGGGGGAGGAGAUGCAGCCAUGGAGGAGGCGCUGUAUUUAUCGGGGAUUGCCAAGAAGGUUUACAUUAUUCACCGGAGGAAUGAGUUUCGUGCGAGAAACGACAUGGUUGAAAAGGCGCGGGAGACUGUGAAUAUCGAGAUGGUGACGCCCUAUGUGCUUGAAAGUGCACUAGGGACGAGCAAGGUUGAAAGGAUCACCAUCCGCAACGUCGAGACGGGAGAGAUGAAGACGAUUCCAAUGGACGGAGUGUUCUUCGGGAUAGGGCACGAUCCAAACACUUCGUUCCUGAAGAACACAAAGGUGGAGAUGGACCUUAACGGGUACAUCGUGGUGAGGGACGAAGUGUACACAAACAUUCCAGGGCUCUUUGCAGCUGGAGACGUUUGCGACAAGAAGUAUCGGCAGGCUGUGACGGCGGCGGCCUCUGGGGCUAUCAGCGGGAUGAAGGCGGUGGAGUUUUUGUGCAAGGAAUAA